AUGAAAACUGGCGAUGAACUUGGAUUUGUUCCUUUUUACUCCGAUUUCCAAACCGAAAUAAGGAAGAUCCCAUCCAGGUAUGCAUAUGCGAAAGAGAAUACGAACAUAAAGUCAGACAGAUGGGGCCUUGAAGUGACAGCAAAGGAGACGUCAUGUUCUUGGACGAAGCUUCUUCUAGACAAGAAUGCUGUCUUUGGCGAGGACGACGAUAUAAUCUCAAAGGUAGUCAUCGAUGAAGGAAUUCUGCACUUGCCAACACAUCGGAACUGCAGUGGUGUCUGUGAGGACUUUCUUCAUGAGUUGUAUGCUGCCUUUGCUGGAUACGCCGAAAGGACGCUCGGAAAAGAUGUGUUUAUGAUGUCACCAAUAGACUGCUGGGUUACUUUGCCAGCAAUCUGGUCUGAUGAAGCAAAACAUGCCACCUUGAGCGCUGCCAGGAAGGCUGGAUUUGCAACGAAUCCAAUGGAUCAGAUACACACAAUUGCGGAACCAGAAGCGGCAGCGAUUGCAACCUUGAGAGAGCUUGCUGCACCAGAAACGCUCAAUGCUGUGCAGCGCGGUGAUAAUGUUUUGAUAUGCGAUUGUGGGGGAGGGACUGUCGAUAUUACCACGUACACAGUCACUUCUGUUGCGCCAAAAUUGACUUUUAAAGAACUUUGCAUUGGAACAGGUGGUAAAUGUGGCUCUACCUACAUUGAUCGUUACCUCCACGCUCUCUUAUCUGAUCGUUUCGGUAAUGCUUUCGACAGCAUCUCAUAUUCGAGAAAGGGUCCGGGAAGCGUUCUGAUGAACAACUGGGAGAUGUUGAAGAAAGGCUUCGGUCGCAACAUGGAGAAUGCUGACACCUUAGAACUAGGUCCACUGUACUUCGACUUGCCAAGCUCGCAUCAAUAUGACAGAAACGACAACGUUGUCUUCCUAUCACCUGAGGAUAUGAAGUCUGUGUUCGAUCCAAUCGUCGAUCAUGUAACCAAACUAGUUCAAAAGCAGGUCGACCAAGCAAAGCACCAAAAGAAAGCAGAUAUCCAUCGAAUAGCUCUCGUGGGUGGAAUGGGAGCUUCGAAGUAUCUAUACAACGGGUUAAUGUCAUGGUGUGCUUCAAAUGGAAAGAUCGAGCUUCUAUGCCCCGAGAAUCCUGAGCUCGUAGUCUUAAGAGGUGCUGGAAUUCGGGCACUGGAAGGACUUGCGCCUUGCAUUAAGUAUGUUCGCCGGCAUUACGGUUUCCGAAUCAGCCGUGUCUUCCGGGAAUUCAUAGAUGAGGAAAAGCACGCAUACAUCGAUGACUACUCAAAUCAAAAAUAUUGUGCAGGCCGAGCGAUAUGGUGUGUUUCAAAGGGCGAUGUGAUUGUUGAGGGGUCGUUCCAUUCAGAAGGUUGUUCGUCCCCCUACAACCCUGGAAAAGCUGUAAAGUCCACAAUUGAACUUUAUUCAUGCGAAGGAGAUCAACAGCCUGAUAGGAUGGACGAUCCACGCGUCAAGAGCGUUGGCAAAAUACUUUAUAACUUCCCGGCAGAUUUUAACUUCGGCAUAGACAGCAAGUCAAGAUUCAACCAGCGCCUUGACAAGAUGGUUCAUGAGUUCCAUUUUCAAAUCCAAGUUAUAUUUGGUGAUAGAGGAGCCAAUCUAAAAUUCCGGCUCGCUGUUGGCUAUCGAGUGGUAUCCGACACCACUAUCGAAUUUCCUGAUCAUCAUCAAUAG